AUGGAUAACAUUUUCCUCUCACUCCUUCUUCUUCUUCUGAUCUCCUCAGCUAAUUCACUCCAUUUCAAAAUCUCUGCCUCUGACCAAAACUCCCAAGACAUAGCUCUCCAAGGAGACGCCGUACAUACCAGUACUCCUACUGCUGGUGUGGUUGAAAUGAUCAACAAAUUCAGCUUCCUCUGCCGCGUUGGUUGGGCCACUUACCCUGCUAGUGUGCCUCUCUGGGACUCUAGUACGGGCAAGUUUGCCGAUUUCACCACCAACUUCUCCUUCACAAUCGACACCCUAAACAGGUCCACCUACGGCCACGGCCUCACAUUCUUUCUUGCUCCGGCCGGAUACCAGAUUCCGCCCAACUCAGCCGGCGGAUUCUUGGGCCUGUACAACACAACAACCGUUGAUGAUCGUUCGGACUCGAACCAGCUUCUGCAUGUAGAGUUCGACAGUUUUUCGAACCCGGAAUGGGACCCUCCAAUGGAACAUGUUGGAAUCAACGUCAACUCCAUAGCUUCCGCGGUUUACACUCCUUGGAACGCUGGCCUGCAUAGUACGGACAACGUUUUGGUUUCGAUUUCUUAUGACUCAAAGGCUAAGAAUUUGAAAGUCGAUUGGAGCUAUGAAAAAAGCUCGAUUUAUAAGGAGAGUGUCACGAGUCUUUCUUACAAAAUUGAUUUGAGUAAGGUUCUUCCUCAGUGGGUCACGAUGGGAUUUACGGCUGCUACUGGUCAAUUCGGAGCAAGGCAUAUACUUAAUUCAUGGGAAUUUAAUUCCAGUUUGGAUUUGUAA